UGCGUUGGACUUCAGCUGUAACACCGUCUGAGAGAAAGCUUGGAAAAAGGGACAACGCCUGAUUUCUACCAGUAUUUAUUCAAGAUGGAAGAUAAUGAUGGUAAACACCAAAGCUGAAAAUGUGACCAAAGGAAAAAGAAAGUCAUGGCUGACAAACAUGAACAGUCACCCAAGAAUUGGACUGAAUCUCAGGUUAGCACCUGGCUAAAGUCUAUUGGAGUGAAGCAGCAGUACAUAGAAAAGCUCUAUGAGGAAGAAGUAGAUGGACAAAUCCUUCUUGCACUGACUGAGGACUUUUUGAAGACAAAGAUUUCGAUGAAAUUAGGGCCUGCUCAUUUGAUUAUUCAAAAGAGAGAUGAGCUCAUCAACUCCAAGCAAAAGUCUCAAGAGAAGAAAAACCUCAGUGGCAAGAAACCUGAGUCAGAACAGAAAAGCAAUGAUCAAAAGUUGGUUCAAUGUCUUCCUACAACAAGUGAAGGUCCUCAUGCACCAACUCCUGAGAGAGAUCAGGAUGUCUUAAAGGACAGAAAAAAAGCUCAGGAACAAUGUGUAUUGACUUCAAAGGAAGAUUGCAGACCACGGCCAUUUGAACAGGAAGGGGUUGACUUCAUUUAUGUAAAGCACAGAGUCCUACAACCUGAAUCAGGUGCUUUUAAUCUGACAUCACCAUGCCAUGAAUUUAAGUCUUUUUCUGUAGCUGCUGCACUGGAUCGUACCAGACUCCAAGCUAAGUUUGCCAAAGAGGUUCUUCGAUUUGCAACUGGUUGUAUGAACAUCAGAACAAAUGGAACAAUACACUUUGGUGUGAUGGAUAGCAAGGAGGAUGCAGGAUAUGUGCAUGGUGAGAUAGUUGGUGUCCCUGUAAAAGAGAAAGACCUUUAUGUCGAUGCUUUGGACUACAUUGAAAGGUGCAUCUCCUCUGACAGUGAGCAUGUACGUCUGUGUGUACGGCCACCAAGGUUCAUUGAGGUUAUGGAUCGAGAAAGCACAGAAAAGAGGUAUGUGGUAGAGGUUGACAUUGUGCCUUCAGUAAGCAUUGUUAAGAGCAAGGUGUAUGCUGUUCGUCUGCCAAACUUCAAAGAGUCAUCUAACAAAGUAGAAUUUGAGAAAGAAGUAAUUCUGCGGCGGGUGGGCUCAAAAACGGAACCAGUGAGUGACAAAGACCUAAGUGGUUUUUACCAGCGAGUCAAAGAUCGGGAUGCCCAAAGAGAAGAAGCAGAGAAAAGUCAGUUUCUCAUUGCCCCAGACUGCUGCCAAGACCUUGGAAGGAAACUCAAAAUGCUAAUGGCUAGUGGGAAGAAAUUCAUUGAAAAGGACAAAUGGUUCAUACUCGUCACAAACAAAUUUGAACCUGACCACCUUUGCAACAUUGAUUGGCUGCUCAACUUGAACACAUUCUGUGUGUUUGACUUUGACCCAGACUCAAAGAUAUCGGGUCUCUGCAGUAAAUACCUUGAGCAUCAUGCUGCAAACAUGCAUUCCCUGCAGAGCUAUAAGAUAUCCGGGGACAUGAGCAUCAAAGACUUCACAAGCCAUUUGCAACUGUUUGAGUUAGCUAGUUGGAUCUUUUGUAAUGGCCGUACUGACUUCAAAGGAAGUGAGCUUCCGUGUGAUGAGAUGACUUGGAUCAAGACAAAAAUGACUUUACUGCGGGACUCUGUGUCUUUGAUCUGUAAACAAAUCUUGCCAAAAGGGACUUUCCAGGUCAUUUUUCUUCUUACAUCACCAGUUGAGAAACCACUAUUGCACACAUUCAAUGAGUUUUUCACAGACAUGGAAGGUCAUGAAGACAUCAUCUGCAUCUGUGAAACUCAAAACAACUUCCAGAAGUGGCAGAGCUUUGCAGAGGGGUCAUGUGGAACAGAAGCUGUGAACAAUUCCAGUGUUGUUGGGAUGAAAAUGAGUCAUAUUAAUUCAACUCUGCAGCAAAUACAACCUGUAAAAGCAUGUGCCAGCAAACACUUGCCAGCCUUUGUGAAAGGGACAUGUCUUCUUGAAACAAAGGAAGAGGAACAGCUUUAUUCUUUGGAAAUUCUGACAGUUGACCAUUGUGAUAAAACAAGCAAAGACUUCAUCGAUGAGGAGAAAGAAAACAUUGAAAAGCAGUUCUACCGGGGUGGGAGAGUAAGCUGGUUGAAUUUUUGGCUUGCUGAACACAAGUAUGUUGGAGACGUCAUUGAAAGAGAUGCUUAUCAAGAUGUUUCCAAGCUUCUCUCUGACGCUUUGAAAUGGAACUCAGAUCAAACUCCGGUGAACAGUAUAAACAUCUACCAUCAUCCAGGAAGUGGUGGAAGCACUGUGGCAAGACAGGUGGUGUGGAACAACAGGAAAGAUCUAAGGUGUGCAGUUGUGAAGCCGUCAUACUCAGCUGCUAUUGUCGCACAACAUGCAGUGGAACUAAGAGAAUAUGAAGAAAAAGACCCACAGAAAUGCCUCCCUGUGCUACUCCUCAUUGAAGACUCUGAUAGAGAAUAUCUUGAUGAUCUCAAGUACGAACUAGAGGUUGCCGUUAACACCAAAAAAAUCCAAUAUGGAACUCUGUGUUUCAUUUUGUUGAGCUGCAGACGAUCCCAUGAUCCAGAGAGAAGAUGCAAGGAGUCUCCAUUACAGAAUGUGUCCGUCACUCACAAACUGUCCGAUCAAGAGAGGAGAAAGUUUGCUGGAAAACGAGAGGCACUUGAAGAACGAUAUGAGGCUGAAUUCAUCCUGACAUUUGUUCUGAUGAGUGAAGGAUUCGAUGAGAAAUAUGUUCAACAGUUUGUGGAACAUUUGCUCCAAGGUAUUGACCGUCAGUCUGUUGUCACUCACCUCAUUCAAUAUGUAGCACUGCUGAACACGUAUGUUCAAAACUCCUUCAUCUCUCAGUCACAUUGUGAAGCCUUCCUUGCCUUAACCAUUUACAUGGAAAGAUUUCGUCAGCAUGAGUUUGAGAAAGCACUCACUGAUCAGGCUAAACUAGUCUUCUUGCACCUCAGAGAUGACAAGACGCACAUUGAAUCAGUCAGAAUCAUCCACCCACUCGUUGCAAAGGAAAUUCUCCAACAACUUUUGGGAAAACAACAGACCCAAAGCAGCUUAGCACUGCAAUUGCUCUGUGAGAAUGUGCUUUUUGAGCACAGAUUUGGAAGAGAAGAAUACCUCUCAUUUUUGAGAGAUCUUUUCAUAAGGCGAUCCAGAAAAAGCAAAGGUGAGAAAUAUGAUAGUUUUUUCUCUCCUCUGAUUGAGCAUGUGUGCGAAAAGGAGAAAAGUCCAGACAAAGCAAUGGAGUUACUCAAGGAAGCAUUUCACCAUUUCCAUGAAGAUCCAUUCUUUGCGCAACAACUUGCUCGUCUGCAUUACACUUAUGAGAAGUUUGAAGAGGCAAAGUACUGGGCAGAGACUGCUGCUAAACAGCAGCCCAACAACUCAAUCAUAUUGAACACAAAAGGGCAGGUGUACAGGAAAUGGUUCCAAGCCAAAUGCAAAGCUAUUGACAAUGACAAUGUACCAAAGACAGCCCCAAAUAUAGCAAAUGCUAUGGAAACUGCACUCAAAGCCCUUGAGUGCUUUCAAGCAUGUGGGAAAGCAGCUGACGCAGAUAUGGAAAACCUUCACAGUUCAGGGUUUUUUUCUGAAGUCGAGGUUGGAUGCAGCCUGCUCAAACUGAUCUCUUCAUCACAAGUGUUUUCAAACAGAGCCAAUGGUCAUUCAGAGUGUAUGAAGUACCUGUUAACAGAUUACAUUCCUGAGGAUGUAAAAGAUGCAUGGGAACCAUUUCAUGAAAGGGUGAAAAAACUUCAUCAGACAAUGCAAGAUGCUUUGGAAUGGAUUUCAGAAGACCUUAGUUACUUCCAGACAGACAUUGGUUUAGAUGGAGAAGAGACGCCUGAAAGUCCUGAGGAGAAGAUAAGCCAUCCGCUGAAAUGGCUGGCAAAAAAAUCUGCAGAGUAUGGGAAGUACUUCAGUGAAACAUAUUCCACUGCACUUCAAGGGCAGUCAAUCCCAGCCAAUCUGACUCCUUUUCAAAAACGCAUGAUCAUCUAUCAUCUUGGCGGGGGUAACAUGACAUCCAUCCUCUUCAAGCUAUCUGACCAGAGUGGUGCAGUACGCCUUCUAGAGACCAUCCUUUCCCUCUACCCCAGCAAUCCCAAAAAGGCCAAAUUUGGUCAAAGAGAUAUUGUCAAUUACAUAAUGGCUCAUCUUACUCUGAACUGCCUGUCACCACAGAAUCAAAAGGUAGCUCCUCUGAAAGAUCUUCAGGUACUCUGUCACCAGUUCCCAUCUGACAAAAGGAAAUGUUUACCAAGUGCCCUGUUCCUGCUCACCCUGCUGUUCUGGCCAGAUGAUCAUGACACAAACCUUGAGAAAGAAACCAAAUAUGAAAUUGUGCAAUCAGCUGUUGAACACCUGGAAAAAGACUACUGGACGAAGAUGAAGGACAUUCCCCAGCGGAGGAGAAGGCUUUACACCCAUUUUUUCCUAGGCAGUGGGUAUGGAUUGGAUAAAUUUGUCCACAAGAAAAAGUUUGAAAAAGUCACAAAAGUUUUCUCAGUCUCUGAGAAGCGCAUGAAGUGGUUCAGGGGUGAGGCUUGGAAAAAGCCUGAGAUUGCUACAAUGCUGAAACAAGUGUCUGGAUGGACUGUAGAUGGAGUGGUGUACCUUGAUGGCCCUCGCAAAAAGAAGUUCAAUAUCCUGCCUCUUCAUGUACCUUCAGUGCCUCACAGUAAUGAACACAUCACGUUCUACCUUGGGUUCACAUUCAGAGGCCCCGUUGCCUGCAACAUAGUUGUGAAAAAAUAGUUUUCUCCACACAAUGAUUCCGUCUCAUACGGCUGUAUGUGAACUUUCUGAAACGUGGGCCUAGUGUCCACCCCAAUACCAGGAAACAAGAACAGAUUAGAAAAAGAGAAAACGUCAAUUCAAAACACACAAAGCUUCUUAAGGAAAACAAAAAAUGUUGAAGCACUUGGUGUUUUAUUGCAUUGUUCUGUAAGAUGUAAGAUAGUUUGGUAAAUAUAUUUUGCACUUUCUUUUUCUAUACUCAUAUAUGCAUAUGUAAGUGUCUAAAACAUUGAGAACCAGUUUUUGUGUAUAUGGACAUGGACUGUGUCAGGAUUCACUCUUGUGCCCAGAGUAAUCACAAUGUAGCUGAAUUUGCUACUCUAUAGCUCAGUGUUUCUCAGAUAGGAACAUUGGGUUCAUGUAUAGACCUAUAGGUAAUGUCACUCAUGAGGACCAAGAUGGCCGAUGCUGGCACGUUUUGGCUGCCUCUCCGUAUCUGGUAACUAAAACAACUGACGCUAUUCUUUGACCUUCGGCACUUCACUGAUCUGGCAAAACCGGAUUUUCUAACCCCUUCGUUGAUGACUCCCUGUCAUCAUUAUCAUUGGUCAACCAGCUCACCUGGAUUAGCGUCUCUGGAUUAUACAUUUUACCUGCUCUGCUAGCUCCAGGACUACCGGGAUAGCCUCACCGGCGCAGCAGCAUUGGUCUGGCUUCUGGAUCAACGCUGACAUUUCUGCCAGUCUCAUCGCCUCCACAAGCCUACCUGUUUGUCCCGCAGUGACUCUCCUGUCCCGGUGUGGUCAGCCCAGCCGGACCAUCUGACUGGUUUCUCCCCACUGCCCUUCUCGACCACACCGGGUAGAUCGCCACUCUCUGUGCGAGGCGCGCAGGCCAGCAGCGCUUCCAGGGUCCAUCUCCUACACGUCAGACUGCUGGUGUGCUGCUGUGGCUAUGCUGUGGAUUAUCCCCUGUGCAGCCC